CUCUCCAGACCCAGCUGUAAUGAAUAUAACCAGCAUUCAUUCACAUGUGACCCAGCUGACAUUUCUGGACACUAAAGAGUAUUUGAUUCUGAAAGUCGUGUUUUUUGUCCUAAACUUUUUCUUCCUCUCCUUCUUCAUCUACUUCAUCGUUGUCCUUCUGACUGUCUACUUCACCACUCCUCAUGUCCAGGAGAACCCUCGAUAUGUCUUCUUCGCCCACAUGCUCAUCAACGAUACGUUGUAUCUCAUCCUGACACUGUUCCUCUCGGUGACCUGUUCGCAUUUUAUAUACUUUACGAUGCCUGUCUGCUACGUCACGGUCACUCUUGGAAUUACAACCUUCACAGUGACUCCCUAUAACCUUGCCGUCAUGUCUUUGGAACGUUACAUAGCCAUUUGCUUCCCUUUGAGGUAUGCCAUGCUUUGUACGACUCAAAGAUCUUAUUUUGUCAUUGCAGCCAUGUGGUUUCUUGGGCUACUCCCUAACAUGGCUGAUUUUAUUGUCUUGGUUAUAUCCGUUGAGAAGAGUUUUUUCUUCCAAUAUCUUCUCUGUAGACGGGAGUCCCUCACAGUGAAGCCUCUGCAGUCCAGCAUGAGGUCCUUUUCCUCCAUCGGUAGCCUGGUUCUGGUGGCUGUUGUCAUUCUGUUCACCUAUGUCAGAGUUAUUAUCAUAGCUCGUAAAACUAAUUCCAAGAGUUCUUAUGCUUCCAAGGCUAGUAGAACCCUGAUGCUCCAUGCCAUCCAGCUGCUACUAUGUCUCCUGUCAUUGACGUCCUCGAUCACUGAGUCGUACAAUGGAGAGUAUGUCAACAUUUUAAUGGGCUUUAACUUCCUGCUCUUCAUGUGUUUGCCACGGUUCCUUAGUCCUCUUAUAUAUGGGAUUAGAGAUGAAGUGUUCAACAAAUGCAUUAAGAAGAUGUAUUCCUCAAAGCAAUAACACGAUGGUUCUUACAAGAAUUACAACUGGAAUGCAUUGCCUGAUCUUCAUUAAAGAGUACCUAUCACCAAACUAACUAUACUGAACUAACUCACACUAUGUCCCCUAACUACACCUAACGCCCCUUAAAAAAAAAUGUUAAGAGCUUUAAAAAGCUCUGAUUCUUACUUGUCUUCUUGCUCACACAGUAUGAGCUGCUAGCAGGAGGAUGUGGGCGUGCCCCAGCAGGCACGACAUCACUGAAGCCU